AUGGCAGCAGGGGCAGACAGCCGGGCGUACACCAGCCCAGAACCCAAGCAGCACUCCCCACAGAACCCGAACCCCCGAAUCCCCACCGGGGCCCCCGCCCAAGGGCAAUGCGCCCCAGGGAUCCCAGACCCCAGGACCCACCCCAGACCCACCCCGCAAACGGCCGCAAACAAGCCAGUGCCCAACACCCACCGCCACACCACGAGGACCCCUCCACCCAGAUGCUCCUCCCCAGAAAAGUCAACAUGCCUGCCCUCCCAGGAGACAAGCAAGCCCGCCGAACAGGAACCCCCCCGGCAGCGCACCGCCGGCAUGCGGGGGCCCGAGCAGCCCCAACAGAAACAACACCGGAAGGCCGACAUGGACGAACCGACGGCCGCCGAGAGGAGGACGGCCACGCCGGCCACGGCCCGUCCCCCUCCCGCCGCCAAACACCGAGCAACCCUCCACUCCCAAACCGCGCACGAUGCACCGCACCACGCGCCACCGGCACCCGCCCCAACAGAGCAAAGCCACACCCCGACCCGGGGGCACUCCAAAGGGACCCCCGACGCCCGCAACCAGCCCACAACAGACACACAUGAACCCCGGCCACAGGCGCGACCACCCACGCAUCCCCCCGGAUGA